CCGAGACCUUUCGAAAACCUUCCAUAAACUAAGCCCAAAAAACAAAAUUGAAAAGAGAAGGAAAACGUUUUCUUUUUGGCUAGAACCAAAAAACCAUAUUUGAUGAUACGGAAAAUAUGAAUCCCCAAGCAGACAAGUUGGUGAGGAGGAUCACCAUGGUGGCUACUGUCACUGCCUCUUAUUUCCUUUUAACCGCUGACUAUGGCCCUGAACCUAAUGUUCUCGACCCUAUCAAGAAGAGCAUACUAUCAGCACAAAGUUCACUGAAAGAGUUUAUCGUGGGAUCAUCGAGGGAAGAACAUCAAGGAAGUUCGCAGAGUUCCAACAACAACGCUAAAGAACACCCGUAGGUCUAUACUCCAUCCAUAGGAUACAAGAUCGAGCAGUGAUGAGGUUUGACUAUUGAAUAAGGCUUUUUUAUGGUUAUUAUUACAUUAGGGAAUGCCUGAAAAUUGUUGUAUGAGGCCAAGCUUCCUUUGUCCCUUUUGAGUUUUCAGCAGGGAAUUUUGUGUUUAUGCAGUACUAGUAGUGUGUACUUUGUACAUAUUGCUUUUGAAGAAGGAAUUUUAGUGGCGGUCCUUUGAUUAUUUACUGCUAGUAAUAUUAAAAUACUUACUAUUUUAAAAUAAAUAUUUUUAUUGCAUUUAAAA